GAGUGUGAGCUGUUGAGGUGAAUAAUGAAGAUAGUGAUGCGGAGUUUGGCUGUGGUAGGACGGCUCACUCAUUGGAUACUGAUGGAGGAGUCCUAAUGAGCUGGCUCGCGGAGAGAAAGAGAACGGUUGACAUCUCGGCUGGACCGUAAACGUGAGAUACCUCGUGCAGCCCCGGACUCCUCCGACUCACAUCAGACCGAACCGUGGCCGCGGGAGACGGCCGUCCGCCUGGGUUCCCCUUCUCUCCUCCUCCUCCUCCUCUUCCUCCCUGACUUUUUUUCCUGACUGCAUGUUCAGCCACACUGCCUCCCUCUGCAUCUUCACUUCGGCCCCGCCGCAGCCCGGGCGAGCAUGGACAGUCGGGUCCUCGAGCAUCCUCACGCCCAGUUCGGAGGCUCCUUGGGCGGGCUGGUGGGCUUCCCGUACCCGCUCGGUCCCCAUCACCACCACCACCAUCAUCACCAGCACGUCUACGAGCUCGCCAGCGGGCACCAGCUGCAGUCCGCGGCCGCCGUCCCCUUCUCUAUAGACGGAUUACUAAACGGCUCGUGCUCGGCCUCUGUGGUCAACUCCAGCCCGCUGCUCUCACCAGACAACCAGCAGUUCAAACUCUCAGAUUCGGGGGAUCCGGAUAAGGACAGUCCCGGUUGUAAACGAAGACGCACGAGGACGAAUUUCACCGGGUGGCAGCUGGAGGAGCUCGAGAAGGCUUUCAACGAGAGUCACUAUCCGGACGUGUUCAUGCGGGAGGCGCUCGCGCUCAGGCUCGACCUCGUGGAGUCCAGGGUUCAGGUCUGGUUCCAGAACAGGCGUGCUAAAUGGAGAAAAAAGGAAAACACCAAGAAAGGUCCUGGACGGCCUGCUCACAACUCCCACCCCACCACAUGCAGCGGCGAGCCCAUGGACCCAGAGGAGAUCCGGCGCAGGGAGCAGGAGCGGGCCGAGAAGAAGAAACGCAAACAGGAGAGGAAACUGCUCAAGUCGCAGAACAAACUCCUCACAGGUGACAGCUUCCACACGCCCGGAGGCUCCGAGAGCGACAGCGGCGUCUCACAGUUCACCGACAGCGAGCAGCAGCCGUCAAGCGUCAACGGGACUAUUCACAUUGAACUGCCAGCAAAUAAGGGCGUGGUAGGACAUCCGCCCGAAUCCAGCUGUGACCAAACACGACACAACUUCAGCCAACUACAAAACCACCAAAACCAAAGAACGGCAGGAGAGCCGGAGCAGGUUUCUCCGGGCAGCACGCACAGCUCCAGCCCCGGAGGCCCGAGGUCCUCCACCCUGCAGAAACGUAACCCUUUCAGCGUGGAGAGCCUCCUCUCUGACGCUACGCCGAGACGAAAACUUCCGCUGGACUUCCCUUCACUGCCCAGUCAGAGAACUCUGGUGGGGAAGGGUCACUUCCUUCUUUACCCCAUUACCCAUCAGCCAUUGGGUUUUCUAGUGCCCCAAACUGCCCUGAAGGCCUCACCAUGUCAGGACAGGCUUGGACAAAGGUGUGUGCCCAGCGAAGGCAGCCCUGCUCCCUCUGACCUCUCCGGCUUUGUCCCUAAGCCUCUAAACUCGGAUCAUACAGAGCAGAACACACAGAACCACCACAAUCACAUUAGCAAUAGAGCAGAGGGAGCAGAGAUGGAGGAGUGUGGAGGUAGAUUCCCUGCUUCUCCUCCACCAAACGGUGCAGCUCUGGCCAGGCUGAGCUCGGCACAGUCCAGAGACGUUAGCGAGGAGACGAGUCAGAAAGUUCGGACAAACGACUGCCAAGAGGAGAGUGUAAGAGAGGAGGGAGCGUCUCCAGACCUCUCCGACCGUCUCGAGGCAAACACAGACUGUCAAGAAACACCCGGAACAGAUGGAGAGGAUGUCGAUAUGGACUAACACUUUUCAAGGAGCAAACAUAAACAAAGGACCAGGAACAGCGCUCCGACUAGUCAAACAUUCCCAAAGCUCUGCUGAGACACUCGAAAACAUAUCAGGAAUCAGGAGACUUAAUUCUCAUCUAUUUUUUAAUCAUGAUGUGUGAUCAAUCCAGAUGGUCGCAGACAGAAAAGCUGCGGCCGUCCUCAUACAAACACCUUUUAGAAGCAGGUUCUUUCUCCCAUUUUUUGGUGACCAACUUGUAAGAAAAACUCAACUACGAAAACAUCUCACACACAACAAAAAUCCUCAGAUAUUGUAAAAACGAGAAAAUAUUUAUAUGUACACAUUUUGAUAAAUAAAGUUAUUGUUUAAAUUGAA